AUGGCUGCCACCACCAGUAGCUUCCGCCAGUUCUCAACCUCCGGCUCUCUCAAGGGCCUGUCUGUGCCCACCGGGGGAUUCUCUCGGGUGUCCACGGUCCGUGUCGGGGGCACCUGCCGAGCCCCCAGCCUCCUGGGAGCUGGAAGCCUUGGCAACAUGUCGGUCACCUCAUCUCGCUUCACAGCGGGCUUGGGGGGUGGCUACAGCGGGGGCUACACCUGCAACCUGGGUGGGGGCUAUGGCCCCAGCUAUAGUGUGUCAGACGCCCUGCUGGGGGGCGGUGAGAAGGAGACCAUGCAGAACCUCAACGACCGCCUGGCCUCCUACCUGGACAAGGUGAGGGCCCUGGAGGAGGCCAACGCAGACCUGGAGGUGAAGAUCCGAGACUGGUACAAGAAGCAGGGCCCCGAGCCUGCCCGGGACUAUAGCCACUAUUUCAAGACCAUCGAGGACCUGAGGAACAAGAUCCUGGCGGCCACCAUCGACAAUGCGAGCUUGGUGCUGCAGAUUGACAAUGCCCGCCUGGCAGCCGACGACUUCCGCAGCAAGUAUGAGACGGAGCUGAACCUGCGCAUGAGUGUGGAGGCCGACACCAACGGCCUGCGCCGGGUGCUGGACGAGCUGACCCUGGCCAGAGCUGACCUGGAGAUGCAGAUCGAGAACCUGAAGGAGGAGCUGGCCUACCUCCGGAAGAACCAUGAGGAGGAAAUGAAUGCUCUGCGAGGCCAGGUGGGUGGGGAUGUCAGCGUGGAGAUGGACGCUGCCCCUGGCGUGGACCUGAGCCGCAUCCUGAACGAGAUGCGUGACCAGUAUGAGAAGAUAGCAGAGAAGAACCGCAAGGACGCUGAGGACUGGUUCUUCACCAAGACGGAGGAGCUGAACCGCGAGGUGGCCACCAACACCGAGGCCCUGCAGAGCCACAGGACCGAGAUCACUGAGCUCCGCCGCUCAGUGCAGAACCUGGAGAUUGAGCUGCAGUCCCAGCUCAGCAUGAAAGCGUCGUUGGAGGGCAGCCUUGCGGAGACCGAGGCGCGCUACGGGGCCCAGCUGGCCCAGCUGCAGGGGCUCAUCGGCAGCAUCGAGCAGCAGCUGGGUGAGCUCCGCUGUGACAUGGAGCGUCAGAACCAGGAGUACCAGGUGCUGCUGGACGUGAAGACGCGGCUGGAGCAGGAGAUCGCCACCUACCGCCGCCUGCUGGAGGGCGAGGAUGCCCACCUGGCCACCCAGUACUCCUCAUUUCUGGCCUCACAGCCCACUCGAGAAGCCUCUGUGACCAGCCGCCAGGUGCGCACCAUUGUGGAGGAAGUCCAGGAUGGCAAGGUGGUAGCCUCCCGGGAGCAGGUCCACCGCUCUACCCACUGA